AUGUACCGUCAGGUGCUUGUUAGAGAAACUGAUCGAGACAUGCAACUCAUCCUGUGGCGUGACAACGAAGACGAGCCUAUGCGCACUCUAAGAUUAAAUACAAUUACCUACGGUUUUUCAAGUGCUAGCUUUCUCGCUACCAGAUGUAUCUGGCAACUUGGUGAUGAAUGUGCUGACCCUAACAUAAAAACAAUAAUUCAAAAGGACUUCUAUUGCGAUGAUUUGUUGACCGGAGCUGACGAUGAAGAAGCUCUGAGAUACAUUCAGCGUCAGGUUUCAGGUGAGCUUGCCAAAGGAUGUUUUCACCUUCGGAAAUUUAGGUCGAAUUUAGCUUCUCUUCUCGAGGAUUCCUCUUUACCCGGGGAAGGCGAUCUCAUCAUAAGUAACGCCACUAGCACGCUGGGAAUAGGUUGGUGUCCUUCUUUAGAUGUACUGCAAUUCCAAGUCGAAUAUUCACCUCCAGACGUUUUGACCAAGAGGUCGAUAUUGUCGUCAACACUCAAAAUCUUUGAUCCCCUUGGGCUUCUAUCUUUGUGCACCAUCAAACCUAAAAUUCUUUUACAAACCCUGUGGUCACUAGGAUUGGGUUGGGACGAGGAAGUACCCUCAAUGGUUAAAACGUCCUGGCUAAGAUUUACCGAAAAUUUAGGCUUACUUUCGUCAUUUCAAGCUCCUAGGCGAGUUCUUAUCGAUGAACCCAAGUUCAUUGAAAUGCACACAUUCUGUGACGCAUCUGAGUGUGCCUUUGGCUCAUGCAUUUACCUCAGAUCGAUUGGCGUCACAGGCAAGGUUCAAGUAAGUCUAUUGUGUGCCAAGCCCCGCAUCGCUCCCCUCAAAUCCACAACCAUUCCCCGCCUCGAGCUCUGUAGCGCAUUGUUAGGAGCUCAAUUAAGUUCUUCUACCACUCAAGCUCUUCGCUGCAAAAUAAAUCGCCACGUUUACUGGUCGGACUCAAAGGUAGCGUUAGGUUGGAUAAAAUCAGCGUGCAAGGCCAAGACAUUUGUCGCUAACAGAGUGGCCGCUAUCACUGAGCUAUCUGACCCCGAGAAUUGGCGGCAUGUACCUACAGCGGAGAACCCAGCGGAUCUGUGUUCAAGGGGAGUAGACCCGCAAAAUGUCAGCAAAUCUGACAUUUGGUGGCACGGCCCAGCUUUUCUUGGCCAGGACGAGGGUUCAUGGCCAAGUGCUGACGUUCAAGCUGUGGAGCUUCCCGAAUUGAAAGCUUUGGCUGCUUUAGUUUCGGAGUCCACACCUUCGGUGUCGUUUAUAGACGUCACCAAGUAUUCUAAGCUUCUUAAACCACAGAGAGUAGCAGCUAGGGUACUUAGAUUUAUUCACAAUACUAAAAAUCCACAUAAUAAACAUUCGGGCAUACUAUCGGCGGACGAGCUCCAAAAGGCUCUAAACUACCUCAUCAAAUUCGCUCAGUUAGAAUCAUUUCCGACAGAAAUUGAAUAUUUACAAAACAAAAAAUCGUUACCCCGCAAAUCUAGCUUAAAUCAACUAAAUAUUUUUAUUGAUAAGGACAACUUGCUUCGCGUCGGUGGUAGGAUCAGUAUAUCAAACUAUCCCUAUGAUAAACGCCACCCUAUUUUGUUGAAGAGCAAUAAUCAUUUAACGCGACUAAUAUUUCAGCACGAGCAUGUACGCUUGUUGCACGCUCCGCCCCAAUUGUUACUUGCCAGUAUCCGUGAUCAGUACUGGCCAAUAGGCGGUCGUAAACUUGCGCGUGAUGUAUAUAAAUAUUGCUAUAAGUGCCGACGAUUUGAUGGCAGUGGUAUGGUCAACAUUAUGAGUGAAUUACCCCCAGACCGCGUAGAAUCAGAUUAUCCAUUUAUGACUACUGCUACUGAUUUUGCUGGGCCAUUUUUGAUCACGGACCGUAAAGGCCGUGGCUGCAGGAUAACGAAGUGUUAUCUAUGCCUUUUUAUCUGUUUCCGAUUUAAGUGCGUACAUCUGGAAGCCGUGAGUGAGUUGAGCAAGGAUGCCUUCAUUUUAACUCUUACCCGUUUCAUUGCUCGCAGAGGCAGUCCCAAAGUUAUUUUUUGUGACAAUGGAAGAAAUUACGUGGCCGCAGCUAGAGAAAUAAAUGACUUCUUUAAAACCAACAAUGAUCCAAUUUGUGACUUUGCAGCUCGGCGAAACAUUCAAUUUAAAUUCUCUCCCGCGUACGCUCCUCACUUCAAUGGUCUCGCUGAGGCCGGAAUUAAGUCGGCAAAAUUCCACAUUCGACGUAUUUUAGGUCAGACUCAUCUGACAUUCGAAGAACUGUCUUCCCUAUUUACACAAGUCGAAGCUAUCCUCAAUAGCCGACCCUUAUGUCCCCUCAGUCCCUCAGUCGACGAUUUCCAGCCGCUUACACCGGGUCACUUCUUGAUUUUCAGACCACUUACGUCAUUACCGACUGCAAACUAUGGCGACAACAGUGCUCCGCUCCGCAACAGAUUCCAGCGCGUUGAGCAAAUGCGUCAACAUUUUUGGACGAGAUGGUCGCGCGAAUAUAUAUCCGAGCUGCAGCAACGCACAAAAUGGCGCUUCAAAGACCGAAACUUGCGCCUAGAUGACUUGGUGCUAAUAAAGGACGAGUCUCCGCCGCUUUGCUGGCGCCUAGGCAGAGUCAUCAAACUGUUCCCUGGCCCUGAUGGGAUAACGCGCGUUGCAGACGUGAAGACCGCUGGUGGAACCGUUCGUCGAGCCCUCAACCGCCUCUGCCUGCUACCCGUCGACGACUAA